AAAAAAAGACGAAGAAUCGAAAGAUAUUUUACUUAAAAAGACCAUAUUCGAAAGAUGAUCAUCACUGAGAAAACAGCAGCCAGCAUUUGCUCCACCACCAUCAACAGCUGCGUCGGUCUAGAGUCGCAGCCGCUGAAACAGAUGUUACUGCAACUUCAAGCAAAGUGGAGAGUGGUCAAGUGGAUUGUAAUUUUGUUGGUUUUGACAUUUGUGCUGUCUCUAGCUGUUUACCAUUUGGCGUCUCUUGUUCAGCCACUGCCUCUACCGCUGCAGCAAAUUUCAAGCUUUUCAGCGUUUGUGCCGCCUCUGAUCGCAGCCAAACAGAGUUCUAACAUUACUGAUAAUGUUGAGGCAGAAGAUAGGCAAAAUUUGGCAAGAAUCCUAAGAGAAGCAGCGACCAAGGAGAAGACGGUGAUAGUGACGAUAAUGAAUCAGGCUUGGGCGGAGGCAAAUUCGACGUUUGAUGUGUUUCUUGAGAGCUUUCGAAUCGGCAUAGGGACGGAGAGGCUACUCCGCCACGUUGUGGUGGUGUGUUUAGACGAUAAAGCCUAUACAAGGUGCUUGGAAGUCUUACCUCACCGUUGCUUCUUUCUGAGGACUACUGGAGUUGAUUUCUCCGGCGAGAAGCGGUUCAUGGUACCGGAUUACCUCAAGAUGAUGUGGCGCCGUACAGAGUUCUUAGGUUCUAUGCUUAAGCUUGGAUAUAACUUCCUUUUCACGGACAUGGAUACAAUUUGGCUUAGAGAUCCAUUUCCUCGAUUUUUCGCGGACGCAGAUUUUCAGAUUGCUUGCGAUGUCUUCUUCAACGGAAAUUCUAGCGACACCGGCAAUGCAGCCAAUGGCGGAUUUAAAUUCGUCAAAUCAAACCGCAGAACAAUCAAGUUCUAUAACUAUUGGUAUGAAUCCAGACUACGAUUCCCCGGGGAUAACGAGCAGGACGUGCUUAACCGGAUCAAAGCUGAUCAAUACGUGAAGAAAACCGGGCUCAAAAUGAGGUUUCUCGACAUGACACACGUUGGGAAUUUCUGCCAACGAGAGUGGGAUAUUACCAAAGUUUGCAUAAUGCAUGGGAAUUGUUGCGUUGGACAGGAUAAUAAGAUCAAGGACUUAAGACAAAUGCUAGAGGAUUGGAAGAAUUUUGUGUCCAAUGGAACCGGGGAAGGAGGGUUUCGGCAGCCGAUGAAUUGCCGGAGAAGCUUAAGAAGAUAGAUGUUUCAACAAAAGUCUGAAGGGUUAAUUCGCUUGUAUAUAUGCUUUUAAGAUUAAGACAACCAAGUCAAGAAUCGAACAUAUAUAUAAAUGCUUUUAAGUUUAGUAAUAUUAGUAACUAGACUGAACUUGUCCCACUUCUCUCAGAUAAACUUAUUACCUUAAUUUUCACCUGA